UUGGCUGUGUUGCGUGUGAGUUAGGUGAGGUGGAUGUCGGUUGAAGUUCUAUUUCUCGUAGCUGGCUAUGGCGGAUGUUAACGAGAAAGAAACCAUGAAGAACUAUCACAUAGCGUCGGAGAAAAUCAACCCAGAGGCCAGUCGUUACCCUCACUGUAUCGUCUGGACGCCAAUACCCGUGUUGUCAUGGUUAUUUCCAAUUAUUGGACACAUGGGUAUCUGCACUUCCACUGGGAUCAUUCGAGACUUUGCUGGACCCUAUUUUGUUUCAGACGACAACAUGGCUUUUGGGACACCCACAAAGUACUGGAUGCUUGACAUUAGCAAAGUCUAUGCAAGUGGCUCUAAUGCCUGGGAUAGAGCCGUGCAUGACGCUUCAGAGGAGUACAAACACAGGAUGCACAACCUAUGUUGCGACAACUGCCACUCGCACGUUGCUAUGGCUCUAAAUCUGAUGCAGUAUGAAAACAGCACUUCAUGGAACAUGAUCAAGCUUUGCCUACUCGUGUUUAUCCACGGGAAACAUGUCAGCUGCGCAGGCUUCCUGAAGUCAUGGCUGCCCUUCCUCAUGCUGCUGGGCGUCAUUGUGACGGUGGUCCUCGCCAUCAACCUGCGGUGACCUGGGACUCUUCCUCAGACGUGGGAAAACAAUGCGGGUGCGAUGCCUUGCCUAUGAGACUUUUAAAACCUGUAAAAGCCACUAUGUCCAAAACGUUUGUUAGUUAACACCUCUUGAUUUAGAGCAGGAGUGGGCAGGCUUUUGGGCUCUUUUAUAAAAGUGACAGAUGAGCCAGGCAUAAAGUCUAAAAUAUACUUGAAAUGUAUGAAUCAUUUUAAAAAGGGAGGCCAAAAUGCACUUUAGUGUAUGGCUUGACAGAUUAGAAAAGUCACUUUUUCAUUUGUAAAUGCUUGUUUUCUAUUUUGUGAUACUUAACAUUUGAAAUCUAGUGGAACUAAAAAGAUGGCGUUCAUUACGGGAAGGUGGGAAUAACAAAAUAAUUACACUAUCGGACCAAACUAAACUGCAAAAUGGGUCGUACUGUACCCCAGGGCUGGGCGAUAUGGCUGAAAACUAUCACGACAUAAGCGUUUUAUAUCGUUCGAUAACGAUACUCAUUGAUAAUUUUUAUGACGUGCUAAAAAUAAGGACCAAGAUAAAAGUAUAUUAAAUGUAAACAUUUGUAUUUAACCUGGAACCUUCCUUAGAUUACAAUCCCCUCAUCUAUCAAGGCAGAAAGGAAAGGAAAUGUCAACACAACCAUGAAAAACAAUCAAUGUGAACCAAAUUCCAAAAUCACAUUGAACACUUAACAAUAACCUUUAAAAUGAAGGAAUAUGUAAGAAAUGCUUAAUAAAGUGUAACAAAUAGUGCAAAGUGUGAAAUUGCAAAUGUAGAGAAACCUGAGAAAAACAAUGUUUUGCAGUUUUAAUGCCAGGCAGUAACGGCCGUGUUCAGGUAACAUUGAUCUGACUAUGGUCCGUUUUUUAAAACAUCAAAAAAACUGCCAUACUGUCGAGGUGACUUUUCCUGUUCUAUUGACAACUUCUUUGCUCUCUGCAGCACUCAUUUUCACUUUCUAUUCUCACUUCAUGGAUAGAAUCAACCGUGAAACAACAAGAUUGCGCAACCAAACCUGAUAGUUGAUACUGUUACUUGAUUGGCUGUUAUUGUGUCACUCCUACAGAUCACUUCCUGCGUUGCUGGGUUAGCAUGGCUCGGUUGCUCAUGAGUGACGUCAUACA